GCCGCAAAUUGCGGGUUGGGGAAGCGCGAGCGUUUCCCUGGGCAACGGGAUAACGGAAGAAAUAUAGCUCGAAAAAAAUUGAUGUAAACUUUCUCAAUCUUAUAAAUAUUACUGAUGCAAAGCCAUAUGGGCAUCUCAGUACUGAGUCCUUCCUCACCACUUUUUCAGACAAGAUGAUGCACAGAGAAACAGACAAGAGCAACGUAGUCAAGAGGUUUUCCACUCUCUCUAAACCCUCUAACCUGGAAAGUGAAAUUGAAAGUAGUUCAUUGGAUAGUCACGUGUCCAGCAUGCAAAACACAGUGACGAUAAGUGAUAAAAACUCUGAAUUCCAGGAAAAUACUGUUGAUUCAAGCCCCUGGGAUAGUGAAGAAGAAGGGCUAUCUAAAGAUAAGGACAUUAAUGAGGAGAAGAGGCCAUGUUGCUCAGUGAAUUUAUCGAGCCAUCAGAUACUGAAGUCGCAGCCUUUGUCCAAAGAUUCAGUCCCUCCAUACAAAGAUUUGAAAGAGACUUUGAAAGAUGCAGAACCCCCAGACAAACAUCUGUCAUUAGCCAGUAAAUCUAAGGUGAAGAAUCGUUAUGAUGUAAGUUUGCAGGUUCCUUAUCAAUUUUCAACCUCCAACAAAAAGACUGCACUAUUGAAUCAAGUGACUCACCCAAGCUAUUCUGGAUGGAGUGAUUCAUCCAGUGAGACACAGCCAAUAUUCUCCAUUUAUGAAGGAGUUAAUAAUAAUGACAAUCAGAAGAAGAAUGAUGAAGGCAGAAGAGACAGCAGGGAGGAACAGAAAAAGAAGAAAGGCCGGAGUAAAGAAACUUUAAAGAAGAAUCUGCAUAGCGUCAGUAUCCAUCACCAAUCAAGCCAAACUUCCAGCCACAUGCAAGACCAGCAAAACUCUGUGUCUAACCAACUGCUUGUUGAGGAAUGGGAGAAAGAAAGAAAGGCGAAAGAUAAGACUCAGUCUGAGAGAGAAGAGUAUGUGACAGAGCUUGGACAAACAAGCCCUGGUUUUACUGAGGAAUCCAACAAUCCCACAAAUGUAGGAGUAACCUCAGAGGAAAAUAUAAUUGUUCGAAUUUUGAAAGAUGUUGCUGGUUAUAAAGACAGCAGGCAAGUAUAUCACUUUGACUUUGGACAUCAAUACUUCUAUGAGACCAGGAAGGAACACACUGAAAAUUGCAUUAAUAACUUGGCAGACUGGUCUGAUGAUGCAAUUCGGCAGUGUUGGAGAAACCUGUUUGCAGUAGUAAGGAUACUGGUGAACUUGUUCAGUUUGUUUUUGAUUGAGCUGUUAAAUUUUUUAUGUCGGUCAGUCUUUCAAGUCCUAUUGGUUGGACUCUUGACAGUAAUUGGAGAUCAUCUACUGAAGCCAUUCCUGGCAGCUUUGUUCAACAGUCUGCUGCAACCCAUCAUGAUAUUUCUGCUGAACGUUUUCAUUGGAAUAAGAAACCUCUUGAACCCUUCAAUUGAUAUCCUCAGGAGACUGUUAAUGCAAAUAGCUGCUGUGUUGCAUGCCUUCAGACUUGUGGAAGUGAACUUGAAUAGAACUCCAUCCCAGUAUCAGGAUGUGUAGCCAAACAAGUCAUCUUCCCAUGAUGAAUCUGAAAAGCAUUGAAGAUGUGAAUGAAGGAUGGCUGAAAGUAAAUCCGUGUGCUGGAUUGUUACCAGCAACUGGAACUGUUUUUACCACUCUGGUCAGGUCAUAAGUAGUUUUUAGUAGCUAUUGGUUGAGAGCCAGUAGUACAAAUUAUGCAUUCCAUCGAACAGGAGUUUUACACUUGAAGUGAGUGAUAUUUCAUCUGCCCCGUUGUUACAUAAAACGUAAAUAGUGCUUACGCUCACGUCUCCAUUGUUCAAGCUUUGUCACUGUGCACUUAUUUUCUCUUCUAUAAGGUACUAACUGUGUGCUUCCACUAUUUCUUUUACAAGGCCUUUUGAGUGUUAUGCUAAUGAGUCUUGAUCAUUUCUUGCACUUGUGCUGCCUUCAGUACAACUCAUUGAGUGUCUGUAUUCGCACUGUCUUAUAUACAAUUUAUCAAGUAUUUAUGCUCGUGCUGUGUUCUGAAAUCUUGUGCCCGAUCAUCCUACAAUACAAGGGUUGACCAGCGUUUAGGCUUACAUUGUCCUUUAAAUGAAACACUACAAGUGCAAUUAAGUGAAAGUGAUCUGAUGUUUUGUCUGUAGAACUGUUACUGUUAUUCCUCAAGGAUGUGAUUAGUUCCACUAAGCUCUGGAAUCAAGAUCGGGGGUUUCCUGCUGAUUCAUAUAAUAAAUUCACCCUCUAAAUUGGUACUGAACCAUUAAGAACAGUUAAGUUAAAUGUUUGAUUUCUACUUGAUGUUGAAUUAGCUGAUCUUGGCCAGAAUGCAAAUGGGUAUAACAAUCAUCAAUUUAUCCUGGAUUCCCAGUCUUGAUUGCCAUCAAAUGGAAAAUGUGUGUGUGUAUUCAUUUGUGUAAAGUUAACAAGGACAGGAUUGAGUUUAGCUGGGAUGUGCUACAUGUUAGUGACGUUUGCCCGUGCAAAGGCCAAGGUCCUGAGAUUUCUGGUGGUCUACUCCACUAUCACAGGUGCAGUACAGUUAAAAACCCCAAUCCUCCCCACACCAAGAAAAGGAGGUUAUUUACAUAUUCAGGAUGAAGGUAUGACACUGAUGCAUCUUUUUUCCAAAUUGGCAGCUGUAAUGUCACAUUGGUGCAGUAACACUUUAAUGGCAAAAAGAAGGUCUGGCAAUGUAAUAAAUCAGUACUUGAUAUUCCUGUCUUCUGCUCCAUGUGAAGGAGCUAGCUUCUCAAGGAAAAUCAGAGAUUGUUUUGGUUAUCUUUCUAUGGCAAAGAUUUUUGGCCUUUUUGCAGACUACAGUUGGCCUCAUAAUCUCAAUGGAUACACGUGAUGUUGUGUCCAAAGUAAACUGAAAGGCUGAAACUCCAUUCUGUUCCAGAAUCUUCUCUAGACAUGGUUCUUUCAUGAGGAGAACUGCUGACAGUUUCAUACACGAAAAUUCAAAGUAUGAACAUGAAAUGGUGUGGAAUCCCGGCAUUACUGGGCCCUACGCUAAAUUCCUGGUGUCUUCUCCCAUGACUGAAAAUUUAGCUUUCUAAUCUCUCCAACAUACAAAAAUGCUUGGGUCUGAGAGUCUUAGUGCACAUGAAGAAUGAUCAAGUAAGUGGUGUACUGGAACUUCAUAGCUAAUUUUACUGUUGUGAUUUUUAAGAAAAAUGUAUGUAUUGUGCCAUUAAAAUUGAAGCUGUGCUAACUCUUUUCAUGUUGCAUUGUCUAAAGAUUGUGGGAAACUGUUAUUUUAAUAAC